AUGCCCGCUCCCCACUCCAACCCGGCGCAUGCGCCCCCUGUGCCCCCACAGGCGCACGCGGCUGGGCAGACGCAGCAGCCCGGCAUGCUCGCCCAGAUGGCCGCCACCGCUGGCUCCGUCGCAGUCGGCUCGACGAUCGGGCACGGUAUCUCGAACAUGCUCUUCGGCGGCAGCUCUGCGCGGGCCCCCGAGGAGGCCACGCCCCAGCAGCUGAAUCAGCAGGCAAACGCUGCACCGCUUGCGAACCAGCAGCAGGCGAUGGGCAUCAGCUGUGAGGCCCAGGCGAAGGAGUUCACCAAGUGCUUGGAGAAGGCCGACCUGCCGUCGUGUACGUGGUACCUUGAGCAGCUGAAGGCUUGCCAGGCUGCUGCCGCACCAUACUAG